AUGGAAGAUAUAGAAGGAUACGAACCACAUGUCACCUUAGAAUUGAUCAAUCGUGGCCAUGCAAGACGGAUGGGUCACUUGGAAAACUAUUUUGCUAUUUUGAGUAGGCAAAAUAUGUACUCAAAUUUCACUGUUUAUGCAGAAUUGAAUAAGAGUGUUAGCAGGAGACAGCUGAAACUUGCCUUGAGGAUACUGCUCCAUAAAUACCCAAUUCUUGCGCAUACAGUCAUUCCUAAGAAAUACCCUGACCACGAAGCGUAUUAUUGUAGCGAGGAGUACCUCAAUACCCCCUUCCCCCAACAUGAUUUCAUAAAAGUGAUUCCUCAUCUUGAGUUGAAUGAUUUGAUAAUGAAUAACCAACCGGCAUACAGAGAAGUCAUAGAGAAAGUUUCAGAACAAUUCAGGAGAGAUGAUUUCAAAGUGACAAAUAGCUUAAUUGAAUUAAUUACGCCUGUAAUCGUACCGCUGGGUGACUUGAAAAGGCCUAAUUGGAGGUUAAUUUGUUUACCAGGUAAGAACACUAGCCAAGCCGACACGUGGACUAACUUUGUUUAUGUCAGUAACCAUUGUGGCUCUGAUGGUGUUAGUGGAACAAAUUUUUUCCAAGAUCUAGCUGUACUCCUCGCUGAAAUUGAAGAACACGGUUUCGAUUAUGACGAACAGCUGAUCGAAGAUGACGUUAUCAUUGAUUAUAAUGAAGAUUACGGGGAAAUUUCCAAAUUUCCAAUACCCAUUACGGAUCGUAUUGACUACAAGCCUAAAGUGACCUCGUUACCCAGUUUUUUCCUAAAGGCCUUUAUAUAUGAGCAUUGUAACUAUAAAACGUCGAGCGAAUCGACAGUUACUGCUAGGUAUAAUCCUUCCACCAAGGCUAAUGCCAGUUACAAUCAUUUGUUGCAUUUCAGCACCAAGGAGACAGAUCAAAUUAGAGCAGAAAUCAAAAAAAAUGUUCACGACGGGUGUACCAUAACACCUUUUAUCCAAGCGUGCUUUUUUGUAGCCCUAUAUAGAUACGAUAAACUGUUCACAAAAUCUUUUCUCGAGUAUGGGUUUGAUGUAGCGCUUCCAAGCAAUACAAGGAGGUUCCUACCAAAGGAUAAAGAGUUGAGAGACGCCUACAAAUACGGCGCCAAUGUUGGUGGUUCGCAUUAUGCUUAUUUGAUAUCAUCAUUUAAUAUAUCUGAAGGCGACAACGACAAGUUUUGGAGCCUUGUCGAAUACUAUCAUGAUUGUUUUUUAAGAUCAUACGAGAAUGGAGACCAUUUAAUUGGUUUAGGAGCGUUACAACUUGAUUUCAUCGUUCAAAACAAGAAUAUUGACGAGCUCAUUGUCAAAUCUUAUCUAGACCAGCAAAGAGGCGGUGCGAUCAUCAGCAACGUAGGGUUAGUCAGACAAGAUACGACCAAGCCGUACUACAUUCGGGACUUAAUUUUCUCGCAGUCUGCAGGCGCCUUGAGAUUUGCAUUUGGCCUAAACAUCUGCUCCACAAACGUGAACGGUAUGAAUAUGGACAUGAGUGUAGUCCAAGGAACUCUACGGGAUCGUGGCGAAUGGGAAUCGUUCUGCGAAAUCUUCUACCAAGCCAUCGGUGAAUUUGCGUCGCUUUGA